AUGGCGUCAGCAGUGGCAAACUGUUUAAAUAGGACCUACACACACGAAGAUAUCAAUCAUAGAACAUCUGAGAGAUUGUCAGACCAGUGGUAUAGGUUUAAAAGAGGAGAGAAGAAUAUUGAUAUGACAGAGGCGAUCAGUUUUAGGGCAGGAAAAUGUGAUUAUGAUGAGGAGAGUAAAAUUUGUACGCCGAAGCAGAUGAAGGGGGAGAUCCAGAUCAAACCCAGUGAAGAAGCGCAAGGGUUUUUCGAUUUCCAAUGGAGCACUAAGGAUCGAGUCUCAGGGUCAGCAGUGGAACCAAUUGAGUUUAUUUUGAUUCCCGGAGAGACGAAAUGGAUCGAUAUAAAGUCAGCUAAGAACGGCAGAGUGUUAUGUUUACUCUUCUCUACUGGUGAGAAAUGGUUUUUCUGGUUACAAGAAAAGCACCAAGGCAAUGAAUCGUUGAACGAAUGGAGUGAAAAGGAUAAAGAGUUACUUGCUAAGCUUCAGAAACUGUUGGAAUUUGAAGAGGAAGAGGAAGAGGAAGAGGAAGUCAAAGAACAAGAACAAGAACAAGAACCGGAAAAGAUGGAAAUUGACCCUCAAGACAAUGAACAGCCGAAGGCCGACUCCAAUCCGUAA